AUUCUGCUCAGUUGACUUCUCUCUUUCGGGCCGAUCGAACCGGGUGAAAAACCGUGCGUGCGUUGGCAGUGCCGUUCUCGGUGGGAUCGUCUUGGCCUUUUUUUUGUGGUGUGAAGGGAGAAAAUUAGUUGGAGUGCCACAUUCGAAGUACAACAGUAGUGCUUAGAAGCAUGAUUUUGAAUUGGAUAGGUAGAAUUUGAAGAAGACGCAGCAAAUUUCGAUCCCAUCCAUGUUGGGCAAGUGUGAAACGAGGCUAAAAAAGUUGCUGUUCAUAUAAAUUUAGAAUCGGUAACACAGUACGGCGAUGUGAAUGCAGUACACGCCAGCCGCCAGUGUGAAUGUUAAUUAACUUUGUGAAUGCGUUUGUUUGGCGAAAGGAUAUUGUGGUGAAAACAGAUAAUAAACGAACAGCUGAACAGAAGCUGUUAAUUCGAUGUGUUUAACGAUUUGGUAAAGUCACCGUAAAAUUCGUGAUCAGAUUCGCUAUUCAACUGCAUCGGGGAAAAGCAAUAACUCAAGCCGAAAAUUCCGUAAUUGCUAGGAAAAUAGCUGCAGUGUUACUGUAUGUGCCCGUGGGGUAAUAAAUUCCGCUGAGCAAAUAAUCGCACUACAAGUGAAACAUUCGGCGAAACCGACUGACGAAUAUUUGCUUAUUUUUCGACGAAAGGAAAAACCGGGCCGCAGUUUUCUCGGGAAUCCGUCCGAUGGGUGUGUAGGAGUGCGAUCGGCUGUGCGAUUCGACGACAUAUCGAGUUGAACAUUUUCCGAACAAUAAUCAGGAAUAGAGUCGCGGCUUUCAAUGGAAGGCGCUAGGUGAAUUGAGUGGCAGACAGGAGCAAAUUUCGGUCACCGAAGGUGCGAUCGAAGUGGAAGGCGAGUAGAGUGGAAAUUGUUGGCUCGCUCGCAACCCGACUUGAGUCACGGGGGCACCGCGAACAGGGUGACAGAUUGGUGGCACCGGCGAGUUCAUUCAAAAUCUACUGAACUACAAAUGAAACAAUGGCAGGACACGGUUCGACGGCAUCCGGGCGGAAAACCAGCGGCAACAUUCACAAGAUUCGGGAGUUCGAGCUGGACAAGGUCACCCUCUCCGACGAGUUCGACAUCCUGCAGAUCGUCGGCGAGGGAUGGUUCGGCAAGAUCCUGCUUGUCGAGCAUCGGGCCACCGACACGGAGAUGGUGCUGAAGCUGCUGCCGAAACCGUUCGUAUCGCUGACGGACUUCUACAAGGAGUUUCACUUCAGCCUGCAUCUGGGCUAUCACAAAAAUAUCGUAACCACGUACGAUGUGGCCUUCGAAACGGCCGGCUUCUACGUGUUUACGCAGGAAUAUGCGCCACUGGGUGAUUUAACAUCCAAUGUGUCGGACAGCGGAAUCGGAGAGUUACACACGAAACGAGUCGCUCGGCAGCUGGCUUCUGCUAUCGACUACAUGCAUCAGAAAGAACUCAUCCAUCGCGACGUCAAACUAGACAACGUGCUUGUGUUCCGGUCCGACUUUGCCCGCAUCAAGCUGUGCGAUUUCGGUGAAUCCCGCCGCAUUGGCGAGGAAGUGCUUCGGCGGAACGAGUGGCUACCGUACAGCCCGCCGGAGGUGCUGACGGUAAAAACUGACGAUAAGUACAAGACUGAUACUGCACACGAUGUGUGGCAAUUUGGUAUUGUAUGCUUUGUAUGCUUGACCGGAUGUCUGCCCUGGCAGAAGGCUUCUGCAGAUGAUCCUCGUUUUUACAGAUACCAACAAUGGCACAAUGCAACACUGACAUUUCCAAUGAAACGAUGCCCGAAACUAUUCAAACUGCUAUCAGCGAGGGCUUGCAAGAUUUUCAAGAAAUUUCUCGAUCCCCGGCCGGAACGACGGUUGAAGACGCUGAGCGAUGUGCAGAAAUAUCUGGACGACAGAUGGCUCGCGAAGAGUGCCGAAAAAGAAAUGGCCGACAACGAACCGGAUGAACUGUGUCCUUCCAUGUAUUCCUUCCACAGCAGCGUAGAGGAGAAGAACCGCCUGCUGUCUACGCUGGCUCAGUGUGGUAUCGAAACCACCGUCGAUCGUAUCGAAAAGAAGAACAGGAUUCGCGACUGGAUCCAAUCGUCGGUAAUCGUGGAGGAGGAAGAGGAGGAUGACUCGGGAUCAGCUACUCCAACUUCCACUGCUUCAAGAACUGCAAUUCCAGGCCACGUUUCAUCGGUAGCAGCCAUGGAGCGAGCCGAGAAGAAAAUCAACACCACCGUCAAGGAUGCUUCCCAGAAACACAUUGAUCCCAGGACCGGGGACAUACAGCUGAGUCCGAGUGAGAUGGGAUCGGCUCCAGUGAAUCAGAUGGAAAAGUUGAAAAAUGAUCGUAACAAUAACCAAAAGGCAACUAACAAAGCUCAAGCAUCCAACGGAAGCAAUUUUAACUCGACACGAUUUUAUGACACGACAGUACCGAUCAAUCCACUGACUUCGAGCAGUGGUGUCCCCAUGGCACAAAGCUUGAUGAAGGCAUUUAAUUCGAUAGCGGCAGUUACGGUUCCAGAAGUUAACGGUCGUAACAAUGGCCCAUCAUCAAGAACCCCGCAGGAAGCCACCGUUCGAGACAGUGGCUACGGUGGCUCCGUUGAUAGCAGUUGGAAGGGUACCGGAGUGACAAUGCGGUCACCUGUGCUACCGAAGCGGUCCGCCAUGAUCAAAUCGGACAACACCAUCCACCGAGAAGACGAUGAACCGGAAGAGGUUGAUCGAGAAUUUUCCAACGAUUUCGAAGACCUCGAGCUGGAACGAGACUCUAAGAACAUGUCCAAUGGAAAACAUACGACCAAAGAUAGUCCGUACGAUAAGUUCUUUUUUCGAAGGAAGUAAUCCUCCACAUAAAAACCUGUUUAGUAUAUAAUAGAUGGAGUCGACAGUCGGCUCUAGUUUACUCGCGCGCACCGUUUGACAGCACCUCGUUUUAUUUAUGUACUUGUAUUGUCUAUUAAGUCUCUAUAUGCAAACCAUAACCAAAGAAGACAUUUGGAUAGUGUUCUCGAUUUUGAAUGCAGCAAAACGCACCAAUGUUCGUUGUAUGUCGACUGGCUUUUCUUCACUCCAUUCUUCGGCACUUUUUGGUCGCACACGCAAAUGAUUGACUGUUACUGUUAAACAACUGUGUUUAGAAACGGAUAGAAGCGCUAUUAUUAGCGAGAGUUUAGUGGCGGUUUGGAAAUCGGAAAAUCAUACCAUCCAAAAUGGAUGGUGUGAGAAAUUAAAUUUGUAAACUAUAAAUGAAAUUUGGGAUCAAUAAAUCGAUAGAAAUAA